AUGGGACUGAGCAGGGUCCCAGGUGCUGUUUUUCUUGCAGAGGAGUAUGAGGAGCAGUACAGCGAGAGCAGGGUCACCGGGCAGACCUUCCGUGCUGCUGGUCACCUGCCCCCCGACACCUCCCCUGAACCGUCACCUCGACCCCCACCUGCCAAGCGCCUUGAGUUUGUGCUUAUGCCCCCGAGCCAGCGAGCGGCUGAAGAGGAGAGCACCAGCAGCGCUGUGCUCGGUGCUCGGCCUCCUGACACCUCCCUGAGCCUCCCCACCAGCCCGGACAAGCAGCCCCCCUGGCCCAGGGCCUUCCCCCUGCCGCCCGUGGAGGAGAAGCAGUGGCACCAGCCCGGCUCCAUCGAGACCAACAUUGUCCCCAUCAAUGUCUCAGAGACCGCGAUGAACCCCAAGUCCACCCUGCGGCGCAGACGGACCAUUAUUGGAUUCCCUAACCCGUCCCUGCGAGACCAAGGCAGCGCCAACGGCCCCACAUCCAGCACACACGCGCCCAUCGCCGAGUCCCUGUCCUGCAGCUUUGUGCCUGAGACCACGAGCGGGGGGACGCCCCAGGAGAUCAGCCCUCGUCCGCCCCUCUCGGCCCCGCUGAGGAAGACCUUCAGUGACCUCGGGGCCCGCUGCUGCCAGCUGCCUGCUGCCAUGGAUGGGGCAGCCAACCCCUGUGCCAGUGCCUGCAAUGGGACACAGGGCACCCCUUUUUCCCCGCCCUGGAGCCCCCUGGGUUAUGGGAGCCCCUCCAGCCUCACCACUGGGCCGGGCAAGGGGCCCACCUGCGCCUCGCCGGGCGGCUCCGUCCCAUCGCCCGGCCCAGGUUCCCCCGCCGCCUCCACCUCCUUCUUCAUCACCACAGAAGAGCGCGUGGGCAGCAAUGGGCCCAGCUUCUUCUCUGGCCCAGGGCCCGCUUCCCCCGCCGGCUCCGGCUGCAUCCAGGGAGCCAAGGGGGAUUUCUUGCCGGGAAGCCAAGAGGAGCCGGAGCCGGCGGCAGGGCCGGUGCAGCUGGAGGUGGAGCGGGCAGGGUGCCGCUUCCGUGAGCGCUCGCUGUCGGUGCCCACCGACUCGGGGUCCCUCUGCUCCGUGGACAUCACGUACGCCGAGACCCGGCGGGGCAGCGCCAACUAUGCCCUGGGCUACCCCAGCGCCAGCUCCGAGGGCAGCACCAGCACCGACAACAUCUCCCUGGGGCUGGAGCCCGAGGGGCAGCGGCGGCGGCGCUCCAAGAGCAUCUCCCUGAAGAAGGCCAAGAAGAAGCCCUCGCCACCCACACGCAGCGUCUCGCUGAUCAAAGAGGGGCAGGACGGGGACGUGGGGCUGAGUGCAGCGCUGCCCAAGGACCAGCGGCCCAAGAGCCUGUGCAUCCCACCGGAGCUCCAGGGCCACCGGCUGGUGCACGCCGACCCCCAGGGGAGUGCGGGCAGGGAGCCCAGCAGCACAGCCACCCCUCACCAGUGGCAUCUCACAGACUGGAGGGCCGGCAGCGAUCCCUACCAGUCCCUCUCUGGCUCAAGCACGACCACAGGGACCACGGCCGUUGAGUGUGCCAAGACACGGGGCAGCUCUGAGUCCCUCGUGUCCCCCUCAGUCUCCAGGGCCACGACGCCCUCCCAGCUCUCUGCCGAGGCAGACCUCAAGACCUCCUCGCCCGGCAGGCCCACAGGGCUGAUGUCCCCAUCCAGCGGGUACUCCAGUCAGUCGGAGACCCCAACCCCCACUGUACCCACCUCCACCGUCCUCGGGCAUUCCCCACACCAGGUGCGUGUGAGGCCGCUGGUCCCCGAGAGGAAAUCCUCUCUGCCCCCCACGUCCCCCAUGGAGAGGAGCCCCAAGGGCAGGCUGUCCUUCGACCUCCCACUGACUCCACCCGCCCACCUCGACCUCUCAGGGCUGAAGAUCUCCCUGAAGGGGAAGACGAAGGUCAGCCGGCACCACUCUGACUCCACCUUUGGCACCAAGCUGGCCCAGAAGACCAGUCCCAUCACACCCAUCAUGCCCGUGGUGACACAGUCCGACCUGCGCUCCGUCCGCCUCCGCUCCAUCAGCCGCUCAGAGCCAGAGGACAAUGCCGAUGGCCCGGAGCACACGGAGGAGCCAGCACGUGUCCCCUGCCCGGGGCCGGAGAGGAAAGUGAAGCCACCCGUGGCAGAGAAGCCACCACUGGCCAGGCGCCCCCUGUGCAUCCUGCCCAAGCCCCCAGUUCUUCGGGAGGAGGGUCCCUUGUCCCCCAAAUCCCCGCCAGGCACUGCUGCCAAGGAGAAGGGGCUGGCACAGGAGGCCGUUGUGGUGCUGCGGAGAGGGGAGCUGAGGAGGGGUCUGGGGGAGCCCCACUUGUCCCUGACCCCGGCGGGGCCCCGGCGGCUCUCGCAGGGCAGCCUGGACGAGCUGCGGCCAGAGCGGAGCGGUGCCGAGGGGGAGCGCAGGAAAGCCAAGGUGCCGCCGCCAGUGCCCAAAAAACCCAGCGUGCUGUACCUGCCGCUCAUGCCAGCCCCAGCACAGCUGGCAGCUGGUGUGGGGGACCUGCCACCCACCCCCAGCCCCAUCAUCACGCUGGACACCGAGCCUGCCUGCUGUGACCCUGACACCGAGGAUCUGCCGUCCCCCAAGGCUGUGGGCAGCACGCCUGCCAGCGAGCCUGCCUCAGAGCAAGGCAGCUCAGCAGAAGCCAGCAUGGAGGAGAAGAGCUUUGCCAGUGACAAGACGGCCGAGUCCAUCGUGGAGGAGGACGAUGAGGUGUUCACAACAUCCCGCACCACAGAGGAUCUCUUCACGGUGAUCCACAGGUCGAAGAGGAAGGUCUUGGGGCGGAAAGAGCCUGGUGACACCUUCAGCAGCCGACCCACCUCCCACUCACCCGUAAAGAUUUCAGGCUCCCCAGCUGGUGAGUCCCUGGCAGCAGCAGGCAGCAGUGGGAAGUCUUCCAGCAGGAAUGAGGAUUUUAAAGCCCUGCUCCAGAAGAAGAGCAGCAAAACCAGCCCCGGUACUCGGCCAUCUGCCGCCGAACUGCUCAAGACCACGAACCCGCUGGCCCGGAGGGUCAUCACAGAGUUUGCCCCUGAGCUGGACGGUGCAAACAGCCCCAAAAGCCAGCCCUGACCACACAGGGGCCCCUCCAGCUGGAGGGGUGGCGAUGGCUGCAGAGGGAGCGCUGCUGCAAAGGGCUGUCCUGGCUGCUGGGGAGCCCCCGUAUCCUGCCGGGGGGUUCUUCUGCUUUUGUUCCUUACUUGGAGAGCUGCUGGCAGAGAGGCAGUGGCUGGAGCCCAAGCCCUCAUGACUCUGGGCCCUUCCCACGAGGGAAGAGGCUGGAACUGGCCCUGGCUGAGCCAGCUCCUGGGAUUGAAGGCGCCUGCCCAGGAAGCAGAACAGGAUCACAGCCCCUGGUGUUGCCCCAUGCCCGCAGCAAAGCAGCUUGAGACUCUGGUCACUUCGGCAUGUGGUACUUUAAACAGCUUUUCUAAUGCACAGUGGUGGUGAUGUUUGAUUCUCUUCCCUUUGACAUUGUACCUUGAGUUUCCCAUGCAGAGAUACCCUGGCUGAAUUCAGCUGGACACACAGAUGCACUUUGGGAAGAUGCCAGGGGUUCGGCUGGAUCUGCAGUCGCUUUUGAAGAGUCACAGGAGGUUCCCUGUCAUUGGCCUGAGCACCCUCCCUGUCACACAGGGAACUGGCACCCGGCAUCCGCAGCCAGCGCCACCACCUCAAGCCAAACCCCCGCCCCUUGAAAGCCCCCAAAAUGCUGCAUUUUGGAGCUCCUCUGCUCUCAGUCCAAAAACAAACCCCGGAGUCGCCUCCACCGCCAGCCCCCCUGGCCUCACUGCACAGGGGUUCCAGCAGCCACCCCACUCCCCGCCAGCCCCCGUGCUGGGGGUCCUGCACCGAGCUGCCGGCUGGGGCGGUGGGGGUGCUGUGCCAUGGGAAGGAAGCUCGUCCCCAGCUCUGCCGCCUGCAUCUCCCUGACAGACCCUGCAACAACUUCUCCUGCAGCCCCGGCACCGGAGGUCCUGGGAUGUUCCCGAGAUGGGGGCUGGAAUCCAGAUGGACAUCACCUGAGCCACCUCCCUGGUGACCCCUGGGUCCUCCCCAGGGCUGCCCACCACUCACCCGUGCCCACUGGCCACCAGGGAGCCGAGCAAGGCCAAGUGGGACACGAGCCAUCGGGGCACGUGUGUGGGGCCAUGGAGGAGGGUUUGCACAUCCCUGGGUGGGAUUUGUCCUCACCCCCAGCUGCCCCAGCACGGGGGCUCAGCAGCCAGUGCCAGAAGCCAUGGUGUGGGGCUGGGGCAGGGUGGGGAGGAAGCACGAGCUGCGAGCACGGCCACGCACCCAGAGAAACAGGAAGGGCCAGCCGCGGCUGACAAGGAAACAGGGUGUUCAGGGAAAUUUCUGCUUGAUUUCUUGAUGUAUUUCCACACACUCCAGCCCGGCUGUGCUGGGGGGAGCACUGCAGUGGGUCCAGGCAGCAGCAGGGCACCACGGCAGUGCUUUGGCUGCCCCACCGAGGCGCCUGGGCUGCUCUGGGGGUCUCUGCCCCAUCAGGAGCUCUGCAUCCCCGGGGAGCAGAGCCCAGGCAAACACUUCCCCAACCUUGCCCCCACCUGGAUCUGAUCCCACUGAAGCUCCAGUUGGUUCCCCUCUCCUGUCUCCUGGUACUCGCUCAUAUCUCCCUUUCCUCUCCCAGGGCUGCAGAUUUAAGCCUGUAAUUAAGAGCCAGGCUGAGAAACUCAGGAAAAAAAACAAACAAAAAAAAACAACCACAAGAAAAAAGCUCUAACGAAUGUCCACAUUUCACCCCCAUCCCGUGGCCCCAGCCAGUGGCAGGGUGCUGGAUGGGGCCAGGGCACAGCUUGGGAAGCUCUGGACGGGUACAUUUUGCACAUGACUGCUCAGGAAAGCAGGGAAGGAGCCGGCAAAGGGGGCUGCGGGCGAGCACGGGACAUUGGCUGGAGUGGCCAAUGCUGCCGGGGGGAAAUGUCCAAGCGGGCCAGAGGUCAGCUGUGGGACACAGACUGGCCCCGGGACGGAGAUCCUCAUUUCCCUGGCCGGAGGAACACGCUCUUCCCGGCGCUCUUCCUGGGGCUCUUCCUGGCUCAGUGCUCGUCCCUGGCCGCUCCCGGUGGCCGCUCCACUGGAAAGGCAGUGGGGUCCCGGGAACAGCCCGACCAGCAGGACAGCCCCUAUGACAGCCCCGGCCUGGGGCCGCCAAGGUGCCAACUACGGAAUGUUGUACUUUUAAUCUCGCCAGCUUGGUAAAGUGCUCCCUGCUGCCCG